GCACGACACACAAACCGGAAGCAGGAAGUGGAGUCAGUCGACGUGCGAAAUUCAAAUCUCUGUAACAAAACAUCUGUGCCGGCCAGAGGGCUUUUCUUCUGCACGCCUUGUGGUUGCUGACUGAUUUCACCCUCUUCCUCUCACGGUUUCACACAAAGUCAGGGAGCUUCAUCGCCGGGCAGGAUGCCUGUGGAGAGAACGGAGCACCGCGGAGCCGAAGAGCUCCACAAAUACUAUGAGGUUUAUGAGACUAUCGGCUCAGGAGGCUUUGCUAAAGUCAAGCUGGGUCGACACCUCCUGACAGGAGAGAAGGUUGCCAUUAAGAUCAUGAACAAGAAGGAUCUGGGGGAUGACCUGCCCCGUGUGAAGGUGGAGAUUGAGGCCAUGAAGAACCUGAGUCACCAGCACGUCUGUCGUCUCUACCAGGUCAUAGAGACCUCAACCCAGAUCUUCAUGGUGCUGGAGUACUGUCCAGGUGGGGAGUUGUUCGACUACAUCAUAUCAAAGGACCGUCUGUCUGAGGAGGAGACCAGGGUGUUUUUCAGACAGAUUGUGUCUGCGAUGGCAUACGUCCACAGCCAGGGAUACGCACACAGGGACCUCAAACCGGAAAACCUGUUGAUUGAUGAAAACCACAACUUGAAGCUCAUAGACUUUGGAUUAUGUGCCAAACCCAAGGGAGGUUUGGGUUAUGAGCUGAUGACGUGUUGUGGGAGCCCUGCGUACGCUGCUCCUGAACUCAUCCAGGGAAGAGCAUAUAUUGGUUCAGAAGCUGAUGUGUGGAGUAUGGGAGUGCUGCUGUUCGCUCUGCUCUGUGGAUACCUGCCCUUUGAUGACGACAACUGCAUGGUCCUCUACAGGAAGAUUACAAGAGGUAAAUAUGAUAACCCCCAGUGGCUGUCUCCAGGUAGUGUCCUCCUCCUCAACCAGAUGAUGCAGGUGGACCCCAAGCGGCGUCUUACUGUUCGACAGCUGCUGGACCAUCCCUGGGCGAUGCUAGACUACAACAUCCCCGUGGAGUGGCAUAGCAGGCAGCAGCUCGGUCACAUCGAUGAGGACUGUAUCACUGAGAUGGCUGUCAACAUGAAGCGGUCGAGGUGGAGCACCACAGCGCUGGUCAAUGAGUGGCAGUAUGACCAAACCACAGCCACCUACCUGCUGCUGCUGUCAAAGAAGCAGAGGGGCAAACCUGUCCGCCUGCGCCCUGAAUCAACAGCCUGCGAGGAAUCCUGCUCUCCACUGCACCAGGGACUACAGUCAAGGGAUGCACUUCACUACAGCGAGGAUGAAGAUGCCGUGAUUGUGGGUUCUCUGGACUUUGGCUCAGACUACAUUGAUGAUUGCCCGUGGGUUUCAGUCCCAAAGUAUACACCGCAGGGUGUCAGAGGUCAGCCAGAUGGAGCCGCAAACAACAAAGACACGAGACUGGCGUCUCCACCAGUGGAGAAAAGGUGUGCUUACAGCCCGGCCCAAGAGAGAGGGCGAACGCCACAGCACCGCCAGGAGAGGAGGGACAGAAACCAAGAACAAACCAGUGAGAACAAGGAGAAUAUUGCUGUUCAGGAGAAAGACGUUGAAAUAUUUGCGUUGCCUCCUCCUCGAACUCCCGUGUCCAGUAAGAAGAAUCCCCGGCACCACAAGAAUGUGUUGACCACGCCCAAUCAAAACGUCAAAACCAAACCAGUCACACCUAAAGGAGGAGGAGGCAGUGCCUCUAAAGAGCACAAGAAGAGAGCAGUAGAGUUCAAGGAGCUUGCAAACGUUGAAAUACUGCCCUUCAGUCCUGAGCGAAGGUCUCGGUCGUUGGACAUGGCCGUUACAGAAGACAGCGGGGGGAAGAAGAAGAAAGGAGGAAAGGUGUUCGGCUCCCUGGAGAGAGGCCUGGAUAAGAUGAUCACCAUGCUCACUCCCAGCAAGAGACGAGCCCUGCGUGACGGUCCGCGCAAGAUCAAGGCUCAGUACAACGUUACUCUGACCAGUCAGACCAACCCAGACCAGGUCCUUAACCAGAUCCUCUCCAUCCUGCCGGAGAGAAAAGUCGAUUUCACACAGGAAGGGUAUACCCUAAAGUGUCGGACGUGGGGCGACUUUGGGAAGGUAACCAUGGCGUUUGAGCUGGAGGUAUGCCUGCUGCACAGGCCGGAGGUCGUCGGGAUCCGGCGCCAGAGGCUGAAGGGAGACGCCUGGGUCUACAAGCACCUGGUGGAAGACAUCCUCUCCUCGUCCAAGAUCUAAAUAAUGCACUUUCCCAACAAUGUCACUUCCAAGUCGAUGGACGCUGGCCUCUCUGUGUCCAAGAAUAAAUGAUGUCUGAUUAGUGAUUGAUGCACAGAAUCAAACACAUGAUGAAGUCUUAGCACAUUAAUGAUUAGUCCUUCAUUAUUCAUAGUGAAUAAUUAAAAUUGUCCUUAGGCCAGCCUGCAAUCCCCAGAGUACAUGUUACAUUAAAUGUAUGAGCUUUACAUGUCAGGAUCCUGUACAGCGUAUCUUGUUUUAUGUAGAGUAUUGCUAUAAUUAUGAAGCUGAAUAGAAUCUCUGUCAACCCUCUUGAGAUGAAUGUGAGUGUGUAUGAAAUGUAACACUAUUUACGGUAUACCUUCUGGCUGCUUAUUACCAUAUAUAUGUCUCAUUGUUAUUCUCCCCUGUAGCUGUAAUUUACUGUCAUUAAUGUACAUGUUUACAGUUCUUCCAUCAUGGCGUGUUUACACGGUUGUCUUAUGUGAAGUGUCUGCUUUUAUUUCUUUAUGGUGCUUGUCUAGUUUUUAUUGUCUGUCGCAUUGUGUCUGUAACAUUUCUACUGACAUAAAAAGAUCAAAAUAAAUGGUUUCUAGUAAA